AACUGUUGAUAUUCUUUGUUGCAGGUAAAAAGAAAGGAUUUUAUUCUACAGUUUAAAACGGUAGUUUCAAAUUUUUUCCAUGUUAUUAUCUGGUAUAAUUGUUUUCAUUUCAAUAAUUCAUUCCUCUCAUGAAGGAUGGAGAGAUGUCUUAAAAGAUAUAAAAGAAAAGGCUAAGCAAAAACUAAGAAAUCAACAAAGCACGAAAAAUUAUCUUGGUUAUGACCUUUCGGAAUACCCUGGUACAAACGAUCAUUUCAGGAAACUGAAUAAAGAAAAGUGGGAUCUAUAUUAUGAAUGUUUGAAAGCACAAGAAAAUAAUUUAGGCCAUCAUCAGUCCAUAAAUCCAAUUGCUAUUGCAGCACUAGAAUCAGCUUCGGUGAAAUUAGAAUGUGGAAUAUGUCUAAGUCCAGAAGAUGUGAAUGAUAUGCAUAAAGUUGAAUGGCAUUCAGGUUUGAAGGAUGAAACGAUGCUUCAACCUGUUGAAUUAGAUGAACACAUAUUGGUAUCACCUGUCGAUAAGGCUUUAAUGAUGUAUAAUUUAAGAUUAGAACAAUCUGGGCAGUAUAUGUGUUCUUUGGGUCAAAGUCUUACGUCGCCAUAUUUUCUCACUGUGGUGAAGAGUUUCGAAAGCAAUAUAGAUGAAGUACAUCCAAGAACCGCCAAACACGGACCUUAUCCAAAAGAAGACUUCCUAUUACCUCAACACAAUCUACGGCUGGCCACAGGUUGGGGCCCAUGGUCACCUUGCAGUGAAUGUGGAAAAAUAGGAAAACAUCAUCGUUAUGGCUUUUGUGUCGUACAAUAUUAUUCAGGAGGGUCAAAUAAGAAGAGGAGGGCGAGAUCAAUUGCUAGCAAACACCUUGAACUACUGAAACUAUUUCCAGCAGGCAUACCAUGUACGUCCCAUAUAUUACCAGAAGAUAUAAAAUCGUUACCAGAUGUAAGGAAUAGAAAGGACGAAAUAAUGAUCGGUUUCUGUCAGGAAAAAUGCAAGGAUGAGGCAGUUUAUGAAGUGAAGGAUGCAAAUGGUAAUGUUUUAGAGCAAGCAAAUAAUUCCGCAGGAAUUUAUUCCAUGCUACAAGGAAUGCCACCUGCAGAGCCACAUAUCGAAAAAUCCUUAGAAUAUAGGAAAGCUCAUUCUGACAUAGUUUUGUCUUGUCCUGGAAAUUUAAAUUCCGAGACACCUAUACAGUGGCAAAUCGGCCAGAAAAUCAUAAUCCCUGAACUAAUAUCAAAAGAAUCAAAUGGUAGAAUAUUUGUUGGUUUAACGGAUAGAAUUCAUAUCAAACGAGCAUUGGUAUCAGAUAGUAAUAUUUACAGCUGUUGGCAACACAAAGAACUGGCUGGAAUUGUGAAGCUAGUCGUUGAGAAAAAAUUGGAAUUGCAUUUUAAUCAUCAUCUCAUGAUGCUUGCUAUGAUUGUUAUACUGUUCACAUUUUUUUGGGUAUUCACUAAAGCUUUUUUUGGAAGAAAAUAUGCUAGAAUUAAAGACUGACACAAUUGUUUAUAAUUUGAAUUCCAGAUCUUUACUUAUUUCUCUCUGUCUUAUGAGUAUCAUAAAAUAUUCAUGUCUCAACUAAACCCAAAACUAAUAUAAAUUUUUCAU